GCCGUUUUCUUGGAUACUUUGCGCAUACAGAGGUGAUGGUUAGCUUAGGACAUGAGUUUAAAUUCAGCGCUACAAAAUGAGAUGUCUGCCGCUGUUCAAUCACUGGUCACUUAAAAUCAGUUGUUGACCGUGCAUCUCGAAUUUCUAGCAGACCUGUCGGUGGCCGCUUCCUACAAUGCUCCGUAUUGCACAUUAACUGCAAUGGUGAAGUGACCCUCUGUUUUUAUAUGUCGCCUAAAACUGAGCGCUAGCCGGCAGCCGAUGUGGCAACACUACAGUGGCUUCUGGAAGACGCGCUACACCAUGCUGCUACUUAAUACACUGGGGCUGGCCAUCAGCUACGCGACGCGUGUCAACAUCUCGGUGGCCAUCGUCGACAUGGUCAACGGGACGGCGUUACAGGAGAGAGACGCCACUGGAGGUAUCCAGCUGGUCCGCGACCCUGACUCCUGCCCGGGCGAGCUGGUGCUCGAGGGUCCCGGCGGGCGCAAGGAUGGAGAGUUCAUGUGGGAUAAGCAUAUGCAAGGAGAGAUCCUCGCAGGCUUCUACUAUGGCUAUACGGUUGGGCACAUACCAGGCGGCGUGCUUGCUGAUCGUUUCGGUGGUAAAGUCGUCCUGUUGUUCGGCAUUCUCGUCUCAUCUAUUCUGACUAUUCUGACACCGCUGUCUGCGUGGGCUGGCUACUACGUACUGUUUACCAACAGAGUCCUCCAGGGACUAGCUCAGGGUGGCAUAAUACCAGCUAUUCAGACGACUGUUUGUAGGUGGGCACCAGACCACGAAAGGAGCCUGUUCUCCAUUAUUUUCUUAGGGAUAUUCAUCGGAACCCUCGUAUCCAUGGUGGUGACGGGCGUCCUGUGCGAGACCGUCGGUGGGUGGCCGCUUUCCUUUUACUUUUUCGGAGGCGUCGGACUGCUGUGGUGCGUGCCUUGGUUCUCCCAGGCUGCGGAUUCGCCGUCGCAACACCCGUACAUCGACCCAGCCGAACGUAACUACAUCAAGGCUACGAUACGGUCAGCUGCUAAGAAGAACCUACCUGUGCCGUGGAAGAGCAUUAUGUCAACGCCAGCUAUUUGGGCUCUCGUCGCUAUCAUGGUUACUUUCGACUGGACCUUCUACCUUCUCAUCACGUCGCUGCCACAGUACAUCGCCCAAGUCUUGCACUUCGAUAUCCGCAGCAAUGGGAUCGUAUCAGCCAUUCCUCACAUCACUGGUGGUGUUGGAAGUUUGGCUUUUGUGUGGUUUACUGACUUCCUGCUCCGGAAAGAGUGCAUGUCCAAAAUCUGGAGUUUCCGUGUUAUAAAUGCAUUAGGUACCCUAGUGCCCGCCGCUACGAUGGUGGUGGUAGCGCUGGUGGGCUGUGACAGCACCAUCAUCAUCGCGAUGCUGGCGCUCAGCGGCUUCUGCACAGCGACCGACUGCACGGGCUCCUACCUCAACAUGCAGGCCAUCGCACCCAACUACGCGGGCACCAUCGUCGGCAUCGUCAACAUGUUCGCCAAUCUGACGGGCAUCGCAGUCCCUUACAUCGUUGGUGCUUUCACCAAUACCAACCAAACACGAGCAGCUUGGAAUGCUGUCUUCUACCUGUCGGCUGGGGUGGCCACUGUGUCGUACUUAAUCUAUGCUGUGUUCACCACGACUGAAGAGCAGCCGUGGAAUGUGCCACCAUCAGAAAGAGCACGCAAAGCGAACACCAGUGAGGGAAUCGAGAACACCGCAUUUGAUGAAGGAGUGAUGCAAGCGGUUGACGAAGAAGUAACACAGAGAGGUCAUCGGAGAACUGUUAUACCGUAGGGUCCGUUCCUUGGACACUGAGUCUCUAAGAGAGACAUGCACGCAUAUAAGGCACUUAUAUUCUAUUUUCGUAAAUUAAGGAGAUCGUCAAUGCCACCAACCGUUUGACAUUCCCUGCAAAGGCCUUCUCCAUUUAGGUCUGUUUUCAGUGUCCACACCUAUAGCUCCUCCGCAGACCAAAAGUGUGCUUGAGCUUACCACUUCCGUUUCAACUCUCUCCUAUACCAACUGCGGAUGGAGAGCGGGAAGAGCGAUUAUGAUAAGACACCGCAUGACUCGAAUUUCUGAGUGACGGUCAUUUCUCUGGGAAGUAAUACUUGUACGUUGGAAUUUUAGCAGUAAACCUCCCCGCAAAGCACAAUGCCCAUCUUGUAGUAUCUGCAACUCAAGUCGCAUGAGUACGCUUGUUACGCUAUUGCCCUACAUAAACAAACCUGUGGUGAAACGGAAUUCUCAUCUUCUUUGUAUAUUCUCCGUCUUCUUUAUUAAUUCUAUAUGUUAAGAGACCGACUGACGAGUGUUCUGUAAGUUACCCCUCUCUUGGGAAAAUUACAUUCCGUAAGGAAUCUUCUAAUAAAUCGGUCUGGCAUGUGCUUCCCGUACAACUAAUUUUAUCUCGCCUCCCUCAGUUAUUCCAAGAUUAUUAAAGUUGUCGGGUGUUUCUAGUGGUUCGUCGCUAACAGUGUAAUCAGACUAACACCACAGGUCAACGAAAAGUGUUCUUUUAUUACUUUCUGUCAGGUAAUAGUUUCACGUCACUAUUUUCGGGCACUGAAUCUGUGUCUGACUUUUUUUUUGUAUCAUGUAAAUGUAUGUGACACUGUGAGUUUGUAAUAAACUAU